CUCCGAUUGAUCUGUAACUCCCCUAUCCCCCUUCAGCUGGACCCAGUAUACUGAGAUCCUUCCUGUACCGCCAUCCCCCGCCCCUCAAUAUCUUCGCGGCCCAGUUCGAUAAGGAGUAUCACCUUGCGAGCCCCUUGGCCGCCACAGCACAUUGGAUCUUGUACCAUCCGAGGCACCACGAAUACCUGUAUGCAGAACAUUAAACGAACCACAGCAAAAAUAGCGUUGCUUAGUCAAGCAGCAAUCGGUGUGAGGUGAGAGAAUAGCUGGCGAUCGGAACCCAGACGUCCUCUGCGCGAUGCCAAUUGAUCCGUGGCAUCGGCAUCCCGUCAACUCUUCAGCGAAAACUGUCACAGCCUUCGGGCAAGCGGUAUUCGGCCUCGCAAAAGGACGUCCAUGAAUGGUGGCUCCCCAACCCCCACCGCCGAUAUCUUACAGUAUUAGUCUGUAAAUCGAUGACCGCGGUCGAUACCUUCACAUUCACCAGCAUGAUACGCGAUGCUUCAUUAUGCCUGCUGCCAGACAUAAGGUUGCCAAUGCAUUCACCUUCCUCAAUUACGACAAUCCAGACCACAGCGCCUCGCACCGAAGGUUGGUCAAGUCGCAUAUCUCCAGCAAAUACCGCGCCGCCAUCCGCCAACAGGCUCAGCCUCGCUAUGCAUUACCACAUCAAGCCAAGAACGGGGAGGAGCAGGACUCACAACCCAAUUCCAGGCGCAAGAGGACACAAACCUCCCUCGAAUCUGACGCAUCGCCGAUUUGCCGAUGGUCUCGAGCACCCUCUCCAUUAGAAGUCAGCUUCAGCGGUACACGGGCGGACCCAUUCAGAUCCUUGCCAGGCCAAGAAACACCUUGCGUCACUCAGGCCCUCGACUAUUACACUCAGGCAAUCUCGCCCCUCAUGCAGCCAUUGUUUUUGACAGUCAAGAUGGCCAAUCCAUUGAUGGUGUGGAUGUACCCUUUAAUCCUGUCACAUGAAAGUGCUUACCAUUGCGCCGUGGCAUUGUCCCAGGCCUAUCUGGAAAAGUCUCGGGCACCCACAGGCAAAGCAUCCGCGGAAGUCACAUUUCAUCGGAGAAAGGCUGUGUCAGUUUUGUGUGAUCAACUUGCCGAUCUCCGCGGCCCUCCAGACGAUGGCGUCCUCAUGACUGUGCUGGCUUUGGCGUGCCUCGAUGUUUUGUACAGGGAAGACAGAAUCGCCAAUCGUAAAGGACUGGCACUUAUCGUUGCAUUGAAGGGGGGACUUGACAACUUAGGGCUACGUGGACUGGUCAAAGCCUUUCUCGUUCAGUUUGACUACUUCUGGAUGCUCGAGACCGGUGCCAGGACCAUCUUCCCUUUCACAAAACGCAAGAAUCGGAGAACAUAUCCUCAUCCUCCAUUCAAAGAGGAUCUUCUUUCAAUGCUCGCUACACUGCCCCAGGGGUUCGCGGCAAUCGCUCGGCAGGGCAGCUUCGGCCUGGACACUAUCCGGAUUCUCUCCAGAGUAAGCACAUUUCUUCAAUCCAAGAUCGCCAAGCUUCCACGUCCAAUGGAGGAAGACCCAGUUUCAGACGGCCAGGAUUAUCCGGACCUUUUCGAAGUAUGUGCCUGUCUCCAAUCGUCUGCUUGCACCGAGCAUAGCUUGGAGAAGAACUUGAUACUGGCGGUGAUUAUGUUCGGCUUCGACAUGCAUAAUCCAAACGGCUCGAUUUCCCGGGUUGCGGCCUACCGAGGCUCGAGGCAAGAGUUAACUCGGUCACUCCCCUUCACGCAGGCGGAGGGUCCGGAAGAGAGAGCCUGCUUGGUUUGGAUUAUGAUGAUUGUCAUAAGAUCUUGGGGCUUGGAGCUUCCACUUGCUGAUCAAGCAAUCCCGCUUGGCCGAAGCUUCUUUGAACAGUUCCCAGAAGCAAGAUCCUGGGACGCUGUGGAGUCGACAAUGCGCUACUUCUUCUGGUACGAGCCUCUUGAAGAGGGGUUAAGAAGCAGCUGGCAACAGGCCUUGGACAAAUAUCAAAGAGAAUCAAUCAGGACUUCGGUGCGGCCCGUGAUAGACUCGACGGGCGCAUCAGCAAAUAAGAAACCCUAUCCUGUCAACUCACCCCACCGAGGAGGGAACGAUGGACACCUACAGGAGGUUUCAGAGGAAGACGCAGUUGUCACUCUACCACCCAUGUUGACAUUAGAUACAUACCUGACCGAGGUUCAGUCACUGUAAAUUGUAUAUACCUAUAUGUACCUCGUACUUCGGGAGCGUGUGGGGAAAAUUAAGUACCAAUACGGUAUUGCCGCUUUAAUCGCC